CUCCACCAGUCGAAAGAUCCAUCCACCAAAGAUUUUUCUCCUCUGUCCCUCUCUCGGUCUCUCCCUCUCCUCACAACCCUCUCCGUCUCUCUCUCCCUCUCCUCCCAGCGACCAACAUAUAAAGCAGGCACACACACACAACGCAGCGAGCAAGAACCAAGAAACGCAGCAGCAGGCCAUUCAGUCUGCAAUCGCAACUGAUCUGCUCCUCAGCAAGAUCAGUUGGUUGGAUGGCCUUCUUCUUCGUCCUCUUGUGCAGCUUCAUUUUUGUAGCCAUCGCCUCGUACGUCCACUACGCUCGCCGGCGGAAGGGUGAAGGUCAGGGCGGCUGCGGCGGCCAUGAGAAGGCUUCCUUGAAGCUGCCUCCUGGCUCCAUGGGCUGGCCUUACCUUGGCGAGACCCUUCAGCUCUACUCCCAGGACCCCAACGUCUUCUUCACCUCCAAACAGAAGAGGUACGGCGAGAUCUUCAAGACGCACCUUCUGGGCUGCCCGUGCGUGAUGCUGGCGAGCCCGGAGGCGGCGCGGUUCGUGCUGGUGACACAGGCGCACCUGUUCAAGCCGACGUACCCGCGGAGCAAGGAGCGCAUGAUCGGGACGUCGGCGCUCUUCUUCCACCAGGGCGAGUACCACCUCCGCCUCCGCAAGCUCGUGCAGGGCGCGCUCGGCCCCGACGCGCUGCGCGCGCUCGUGCCGGAGGUCGAGGCCGCCGUGCGCUCCACGCUCGCCGCCUGGGACGGCCGCGUAAUGAGCACGUUCCACGCCAUGAAGAGGCUGUCGUUCGAUGUGGGCAUCGCGACGAUCUUCGGCGGACGGCUCGACGAGCGGCGGAAGGCGGAGCUGAGGAGGAACUACUCCAUCGUGGAGAAGGGCUACAACUGCUUCCCCAACAGCCUCCCGGGGACGCUGUACCACAAGGCGAUGCAGGCGCGGCGGCGGCUGCACGGCGUGCUGAGCGACAUCAUGCGCGAGCGGCGGGAGCGCGGCGAGCUGGGCUCCGACCUUCUGGGCUGCCUGAUGCAGUCCCGGGGCGACGACGGCGCGGCCCUCCUCACCGACGAGCAGGUCGCCGACAACAUCAUCGGCGUGCUGUUCGCGGCGCAGGACACGACGGCCAGCGUGCUCACCUGGAUUGUCAAGUACCUCCGCGACCACCCCAAGCUCCUGGAGGCCGUCCGCGCGGAGCAGGCGGCGGUCCGCGAGGCCACCGACGGCGGGAGGCGGCCGCUGACGUGGGCGCACUCGCGGAGCAUGGCGCUGACGCACAGGGUGAUUUUGGAGAGCUUAAGGAUGGCGAGCAUCAUCUCGUUCACAUUCCGGGAGGCCGUGGCUGACGUGGAGUACAAAGGAUUCCUUAUCCCCAAGGGGUGGAAGGUGAUGCCGCUCUUCAGGAACAUCCAUCACAGCCCGGACUACUUCCAGGAUCCACACAAGUUCGACCCUUCUAGAUUCCAGGUUGCGCCGCGGCCGAACACCUUCCUGCCAUUUGGGAGCGGCGUGCACGCCUGCCCGGGGAACGAGCUGGCCAAGCUCGAGAUGCUGGUCCUCAUCCACCACCUGGUCACCGGCUACAGGUGGGAGGUUGUUGGAUCCAGUGACGAGGUCGAGUACAGCCCAUUCCCCGUGCCCAAGCACGGCCUGCCUGUCAGGUUAUGGAGAGAAAACAGGACUACUGUGGACCGAAAGGGUGGUUGUGAGACGAUGAUGUUGAGGACAUGAUAGUUCGACACUCAAAUUAGGCAUUAAUUUAACCUAGCUAGCUAGAGAGUUUUUUGUUUCUUUCUCUCCUAUCUUUUCCUUUUCUUUGCUUGCCCUUCUCCUGAUCAAAUUAAGUUGGAGGAGAAGAAACGGCAGCUUUCUCUUCUCUUUUUCUUUACUUGCUCCUGAUGAUGAUGGAAAAGUAAGCUAUGUGCAUAUCAAUCUUUCAGUA